GUUGAUAAUCUGUGUACUGCUCCAUAGAUGAAGACAACUACAGCUCUUAACCUCACUUUAUUGAUCACUUGAACAUUUCAAUUCCAGAAUUCCAGUUCCUAUAAAAAUAUUCAAUAAAUACUCAUAAUUAACUGAAAACCACUUUUUCGAGGAAAUAAUUAAAUAUGGAUCAACAAACCGACCCCCAUAGGAAAAUGAUUGUAAUGUCAGUCUCAAGCGUUCUGAAAGAAUGUGGCUUUGAUACUGCUGAAAAAGAUGCUUUGGGGACUUUAACUGAAAUGAUGCAAGCGUUCAUUUCAGAAAUAGGGCUGCUGAGCAGAAACUACUGCGAAUUGUCUGGUCGAGUCGAGCCUCUUAUUGCAGAUAUUAUUUUAGCGUUUUCUGAAAUGGGGUUUAACUUCAAUACGCUCGAAGGCUAUGUAAAGGCAGGUAAACAUACAUUGUUACCUGCGCUGCAGCCUCAACAAGCUCAAAAGCAGCUCAACAUGUUAUCGGCAGGUUUCAAGGAACCUUUGCCGAGUCACAUUCCCAAACAUUUACCACCAUUCCCUGACCCUCAUGCAUAUGUUCGGACUCCUACUCACAAACAACCAAUCAUCGACUACGAAUCAGUCAGGGAAAAGGCUGCCAUGCAGAAGAAGGAUAUUGAGAAAGCUUUCACAAAGUUUCUAGCCAAAACCAGCGCCACACAUAACUUGUUUGAUACGGAGGAAGGCAAUAUUUUUCCACUUAUCGCGAUCAAACCAUCUUAUCCACCGUAUUUGAGUGCUCUGUUACCUCAAGAUCAAAUUUUCGACCCAGAAGACUUAGAUUUUGAUCCGAAAAGUCAAAUCUUGCAGCAACAGAAAGAGCAUAAAGAAGCCCAAAACAUCAAAAAGGAGAAGGAAGAGGAGGCAAACCAAAGCGAAGAAGUGGAAAAUAAACCAACUGAAAACCCUAAAAACGAAGAGAACAAUCAGAGUAAUAGUUUUAUUGAUAAUCCGUAUUUGGCGGCAACUAAGAUGCCAGCGAAGGAACAGACUAUCGAUGUUCUCAGCUGAAAAACGAUAUCAUUCGUAACUUAAUUUAGUUUAUAAUUUACAAAUAAAUUAUUCAAAUUUA